GUCGCUAGUCGCUAAUUUUUACUGAGACACACUAAUCAAAGUUAGCGACUCAUUCAGUAAAUCCUCACUAAAGAGUGUUGAUAGUGUGUGUCUUAUUUUUUUUUUUUCAUGGAUUUUUAUUUUUCUGUUAAAAACUGGCCCCCUUUUCAAUUCAUUUUUUCGUUUUCCAAUUUUUUUAUAUUAUUCUUGUUUAUAAUCAUACUUUCUUCGUGUAAGUGACCCCCAUCAAUCAUAUACAACAGUGAUACCAUCUCGUACCACCAGUACUCAAGUUUAGAUCAUAUCUUACCGCAAUUGUUUGAUUGAUUGAUUCAAUUUGGCAUAUUUUUAAGGUGAUUGUUAUUAAAUGGUUGCAAGACUGACCCAACUGCGUCGGAAGGCAGCAUCAGCUUCCACAACAAAACCAACCACCACCACAAGAUCAACCCGGUCUUCGUCCUUACCAUCAGUACCCCCUACUCCAACAAGAUCUUCAAGAUCAAGAUCAACCAGAUCGACUCCAUCAAAGCCCGUCGUGGUACCUCCUGUUACUAAGACGCGAAGUUCAAGAAGCUCAUCUGCAAAACAAGUAAUUGACAUAGUAGAUGAUGACGAUGAUGAAGAAGAGGAAGAAGAAGUAGAAGAAGAUGAAGAAGAAGCAGAAGAAGUUGAAGAUGAAUAUAAGGAUGAAGAUGAAAUAGAGGAGGAAGAAGAAGAACAAGAAGUACAGGAAUUAGAAGAACAAAAAGAAGCAGAAGUUGAAGAUGAUGAUGAUGAAGAAGAAGAACAAGAGGAAGAAGUAAAAGAUGAAGAAGAACAAGAAGACGAAGAGGAAGAAGCCGUGGAAAUAGAAGAAGAGGAAGAAGAGGAGAAGGCCAUAGAAGCAGAUGAUAACAACGAAACUAAAACAAAGAAAACUGUAGAACCUCCAAUAAAAGAAACAUCAAAGGAAAGAAGAAAUCGUUUCUUAUUGAAUUGUGAUCCUAAAGUAGCGAAAGCAAAUGAUGUCGAUGAUUCAACUAAACGUUUCAAAUACCUUUUGGGAUUGACUCCUUUAUUCAGAUACUUCAUCGACUUGAAUGCAUCUAAAGAUCAACAAUUCAAAAAAAGAAUUAGAGAAAUCGAUAAUAAACUUUCCUUUGUUCAACAACCAAAGAAAUCAAAUAGAAGAAGAAAGACUGAAAAGGAAGAAGAUGCAGAGUUAUUAGAAGAUGAAGAACACCAAGAUGAUGAAGAUCAUCAGACAACAAUAUUAACGGAAUCUCCAAGCUUUGUUCAACAAGGUGUGUUAAGAGAAUAUCAAGUUCAAGGUUUAAACUGGUUAAUAUCAUUAUAUGAAAAUAGAUUAAGUGGUAUAUUGGCAGAUGAAAUGGGUUUAGGUAAAACUCUACAAACAAUUUCAUUCUUGGGAUAUUUAAGAUAUGUUAAGAAAAUCGAUGGUCCUUUUAUUGUUAUUGUUCCAAAAUCAACCUUAGAUAAUUGGAGACGUGAAUUUGCCAAAUGGACUCCUGAUGUAAAUGUUGUGGUUUUACAAGGUAAUAAAGAAGAUAGAAAUAAACUUAUCCAAGAUCGUUUAUUAACAGCUGAUUUCGAUGUUUUAGUCACUUCAUUUGAAAUGGUUAUAAGAGAAAAAUCCCAAUUGAAAAAAUUCAGAUGGGAAUAUAUUGUGGUUGAUGAAGCUCAUAGAAUUAAAAAUGAAGAUAGUUCAUUAUCUCAAAUUAUUAGAGUUUUCUACUCCAAAAAUAGAUUAUUGAUUACGGGUACUCCACUUCAAAACAAUUUACAUGAACUUUGGGCUUUAUUAAAUUUCUUAUUACCUGAUGUAUUUGGAGAUUCGGAAGUGUUUGAUGAAUGGUUUGAAAACCAAGGAGCAAGUAAUGGAAAUGAUGAUGAAGAAGAUAAAUCCAAGAACCAGGAUAAAGUCAUUCAACAAUUACAUCAACUUUUAAGUCCAUUCUUAUUAAGAAGAGUUAAAUCAGAUGUCGAAACUUCUUUAUUACCAAAGAUUGAAACUAAUGUAUAUAUUGGAAUGACUGAUAUGCAAAUCCAAUGGUAUAAAAAAUUAUUGGAAAAGGAUAUAGAUGCCGUGAAUGGGGUGGUUGGUAAAAGAGAAGGAAAAACAAGAUUAUUAAAUAUCGUUAUGCAAUUAAGAAAAUGUUGUAAUCAUCCUUAUUUGUUUGAUGGAGCAGAACCUGGUCCACCUUAUACAACCGAUGAACAUUUAAUUUUCAACGCUGGUAAAAUGAUUAUUCUUGAUAAAAUGCUUAAAAAAUUUUCACAGGAAGGAUCUAGAGUUUUAAUAUUUUCGCAAAUGUCGAGAGUAUUAGAUAUUCUUGAAGAUUAUUGUUAUUUCCGUGAUUAUAAAUACAGUAGAAUUGAUGGUUCAACAUCGCAUCAGGAUAGAAUUGAUGCUAUUGAUCAAUAUAAUGAACCGGGUUCAGAUAAGUUCUUAUUCUUAUUGACCACAAGAGCUGGUGGUUUAGGUAUUAAUUUAACUUCAGCUGAUAUAGUUAUUUUAUUCGAUUCAGAUUGGAAUCCACAAGCUGAUUUACAAGCCAUGGAUAGAGCUCAUAGAAUUGGUCAAAAGAAACAAGUUAAAGUUUUCAGAUUUGUGACUGAAAAUGCCAUUGAAGAAAAGGUUUUAGACCGUGCUGCUCAAAAGUUAAGAUUAGAUCAAUUGGUUAUUCAACAGGGUAGACAAAUGAAUAAUAAUAACAAUAUAGGUGGUUCAAAGGAUGAUUUGAUUGGUAUGAUUCAACAUGGUGCUAAAAAAGUCUUUGAAUCUCAAAAAGCAGAUACAAAGAAUCUUGAUGAUGAUAUUGAAGAAAUUUUAAAGAGAGGAGCUGAAAAGACAGUGACAUUAAAUGCUAAAUUCAACAAGCUUGGUUUAGAUGAUCUUCAGAAUUUCACUUCUGAUCAAUCAGCCUAUGAAUGGAAUGGGCAAAAUUUCGCCAAGAAGGAAAAUAAUGGUGGAUUAGGAUUUACUUGGAUUAAUCCAUCAAAACGUGAAAGGAAAGAACAGACCUACUCCGUUGAUAACUAUUAUAAAGAUGUGUUAAAGGCUCAACCUGUUGCAAACACAAAAGCCAAUCAAGCUAAACCAAAAGCUCCUAAAAUUUAUAACAUUCAAGAUCAUCAGUUUUUCCCAGAAGGAUUAGCCGAGUUACUCGAACGUGAGCAGUUAGGAUAUAAAAAAGAAAUUGGAUUUAAAUAUACAGUAGCUGAUUUUGGUGAUAGUGAUGAAGAAUUCCUUGCUGAAGAAUUUAAAGAUGAUUUAACCAGAGAGCAAAAGAAAAACAGAGAACAAAAGAAGAUUGAUAAGGUUGUACCAUUAUCUGCAGAAGAACGAGAAUUGAAAGAUAAAUUAUUGGCUGAGAGUUUCCAUGGAUGGACUAGAAGAGAUUUCACUAAUUUUAUUCAUGCAUCUGCCAAGUAUGGUAGAAACAAUUCAACUAAGAUUGCCAAAGCUUUGGGUAACAAGACCCUUGAAGAUGUGGAAAGAUAUAUCAAAGCAUUUUGGGAGAAUUAUACCAAGAUUGACUCAUAUGACAAGUAUGUUACCCAAAUUGAAAGUAGUGAAAAGAAAUUAGAAAAGAUGGUAAAUCAAGAAAAAUUAUUGGCAUAUAAAAUGGAAAAUUUGGAAGAUCCAUUAGAAGAUUUAAAGAUUCAAUAUCCUCCUAAUAACUCCAAAAGAGUUUAUUCUAAAGCUGAAGAUCGAUUCUUAUUAAAUUGUGUUCAUAAAUAUGGUUUAUUUGCUGAAAACUUAUUAGAAAAGAUCCGAGAAGAAAUAAAUCAAAGUGAUGUGUUUAGAUUUGAUUGGUACAUUUUAUCAAGAACUCCUCAAGAAAUAGGAAGAAGAAUUAAUACAUUAUUACUUGCCGUCACCAGAGAAUUAGAUGGUCCUAAGAAGAGAGGUAGAGUCUUGGAUAGUUCAAAUACUAGUUCUAGACAUGCUUCUGUUGAACCACAAGUUUCAAAUGGUGUUAAGAGAAGCAAUGGUGAUAAGGAUAUUAUUGAGAAGAGGGUAAAGGUCUAAGUCAAAUCUUUUCAUACUUUGUGUGUAUUAUAUAUAUAAUUGUACAAUAAACAUUAAUUAAUAACAUAGUAAUAAUAA